AUGGCACAGGCAACAGUGUCGUCAUCAACCGAUCACGAGUGUAGGGAGGACAUACAAAUGUGGCUUAUGUUCCUUAAAAACUGGAAUGGUAUAUCAGUGUUUUAUGAUGUGAAUUGGACAUCCACUGACGAUAUGGAAUUAUACACCGAUGCAUCUUCAACAAUAGGCUUCGGAGCAUAUUACAAUGGGUAUUGGUUCGCGGUCGCAUGGCUAGACUUUCUAUUGAAGGAAAUACGUGCAGUUUCAGAGAAAGCUGUCUCUAUGGCCUUCAUGAAGCUAUACCCUAUUGUGGCUGCAGCAGUGUUGUGGGGUGAAAGCUGGCAGACUAAAAAGAUCCUCUUCCAUUGUGACAAUAUUGCCAAUGUAAACAUUGUAAAUAAAGGAAGGUCGAAGUCGUUACAUAUAAUGAAACUCAUGAGAAAUCUGACAUGGUUUGCAGCCAAUAAUAACUUUUCCUUUCAUGCUAAACAUGUGCCAGGAGUGGAAAACAAUAUUGCUGACAGUUUGUCUCGUUUACAGAUACAACGCCUCCGACAGCUGGCACCACCAGCAGCACUCAGGCCCAACAGGUGUCCUCCUCACUCAGAAGUAAUGUGGAACUAA